GACGCUACAGGGGUGACAUGGUUGCCGGUCGGUGUUGGUGGAGGACGGUGAGAGAAGCCGCGUGAGUGGCGGCGCGAGCCGGGUACCGCUGAUGGUUACUGUUUAAAAGGUGGAUGGCGCUAACGUGCUCGAGAGAAGGCUGUGACUUUCUGCUAGAAUAAUAAAAAAAAGACAAUGUCGUCUUACAAACCAACCGUUAUUCAGACCUAUCCAAAACUUGGCAACAAGGUCACACAGGACACGUUAUACUGGAAAAAUUAUAAGAGUCCUGUUCAAAUAAAAGAGUUUGGUGCUGUGACGAACAUAAAUUUUUCUCCAAUUGCUCCCUACAAUUAUGCAGUAACUGCUUCUACAAGGAUCAACAUAUAUGGUCGAUAUUCUCAAGAACCCUUAAAAACAUUUUCCCGAUUUAACGACACAGCAUAUUGUGGUACAUACAGAAGUGAUGGAAGGCUGCUUGCUGCAGGCAGUGAGGAUGGUAUUGUUCGCCUCUUUGAUGUUGCUGGCCGAGCAGCCCUUAGACAAUACAGUGGCCACACUAAAGCAGUUCAAGUCACUGCAUUCACCGUUGACAAAUAUCAUUUGAUGUCUGGAUCAGAUGAUUAUUCAGUCCGGCUUUGGGAUAUUCCAAGCACAACAGAACUUCACUGCUUUAAAGAACACACUGAUUAUAUACGAUGUGGUUGUACCAGCAAUUUGAAUGCAGAUCUCUUUGUUACAGGUUCGUAUGAUCAUACGGUGAAGGUGUUUGAUGCCCGAGUGGAUAAAAGUGUAAUAACUAUGGAACAUGGACAGCCAGUAGAGAGUGUGUUGCUUUUUCCAUCAGGUGGACUGCUUGUAUCAGCAGGUGGGCGGUAUGUUAAAGUCUGGGAUAUGUUGAAAGGAGGACAGCUGCUGGUUUCAUUACGAAACCACCACAAGACCGUCACCUGCUUAUGUCUAAGUAGCUCAGGACAGAGGCUCCUCUCAGGCUCUCUUGAUAGGCAUGUGAAAAUCUACAGUACAUCAACAUACAAAGUAGUCCACAGUCUGGAUUAUGCAGCAGCCAUUCUGAGCUUGGCUUUAGCUCCUGAAAAUGAAGCCAUUGUUGUUGGAAUGACUAACAGUGUCUUGAAUAUUCGUCAUCGAAAGCACAAUGAAAAUAAGCAAGAAAAAAAGAAAAAGGGACCGUCUUACAGAUUUUUCAUAAAAGGAAAAGAUUACAAGCCAAAAAAGGGUGAUCUUUUUGUCAGUAAGCCAGUGAAAUUUCACCUGAAGAAGUACGAUAAGCUAUUGAAAAGUUUCCAAGUUUCUCUUGCACUUGAUGCUGUUUUGGAGACAAAUGUCAGGGUAAAGACGCCAGAGAUUACCACAGGGGUAAUGCAAGAACUUAACCGCCGAGGAGUACUUCAAAAUGCACUUGCAGGAAGAGAUGAAAAACAGCUCAGCGUUCUCCUUAGCUUCCUUAUCAGGAACGUUGUUGAUCCAAGGUUUACAGCUGUUCUAGUACAUGUUGCAGAGAUUGUUGUUGAUAUUUAUAGUUCUGUGAUUGGUGAGUCACCACUGGUUGAUAAUCAGUUCCUGAAGCUGCAAGACCUCAUAGAGAAAGAGAUUGAUUAUCAGGAAGAACUGCUUGAAGUCCUUGGAAUGAUGGACACAAUAUUUGCAACAAUGACAACUAAAAAGGAUGCUGUUGUUUCCAGAAAUCAAAACUGUGCCUUAAUUGCUGGACCUGAGGAAGAACCAAUGGUACUUGCCUGAAAUCAAAGCUCUUCACUAACAUCAUAAACUGGAUUAGGCACACUUGCACAUAAAUCUGUAUAAUCCCCAGGCAAGUGAAGGUAAAUUUUGCAAAUGUGAAUGGAACAUUUACCUACGCAUUUGCUAUUCUGUUAUAACCAGAAACAAAUUUGGGGUGAUAUAGUGUGUGUGGCUGGAUACAUAAACUUCUUAUUAGCUGAAUUUCUUUAGGGGAAUUAAUACUGUGAUGUUGUACAUGUUGAGGAAGUAAAGACUUUUUUCUCAUUUCUGCCAUCAAAACCUCGCCACUCUUAUUAAUGGACAUACAAAGAAAGAAAUGCAGAUUAAAAACUAGAGAUAUGAGUAUUCUGCAAAAUUGAUCUUUUAAUUCAGAGACUUGAAUUUUGUAUCAAGGAAACUAAAUAUUGAUCAUGGUGGAAAAGUAAAGCUUUUGACUUCAGUGUGCUUCAUUUUCGCAGUACAGUAUUCCUGUCUGAUGGCCUCCCUCUGGAAGACCAUAUCCAUUUUGUAUGUUAUUUAUAUUGACCUUUUCACAAGAAGGAGGAAUAUUUUAUAAAAUCAGCUUUUUAUGACCAGCGUAGGAAGUUAAUAAUGUUUGUUAUAAGGUGAAUGUUAUAAGUUUAUUCAUGUAUUAUCCACAUGGAAGCAUAUUUUUAUAUCACAGUAUUGGACCUUCAAGGUCAAGAAAAUCACAGGAUAUCACAAGAUAGCCAAUGGUAAUAAGGUGUUAGGAAAACUAUAAUUGGCUUCACCCUUCAUGAUCAAGCAAUAGGAAAAAGUGGCAUUGUUGUUACUGGUAUUUGCUAUCCAUUAACUGCAGUUGAAGUGAAUAUCUGGUGAAGCAAUUAAACAAUCCUGUUAUCUCAUUUGUUGGUACCUACUGCAUGAGUCCAUAUUUAGAUGAGUCAGUCAUUAAAGAAAAUGAUGGAAUCAGCCCUCACACUAUAAGUUCUAUUUUGCAAAAUAGAAGUGAGAUAAAUGAAAUGAAAUGAAAUUUGGGAAGGAUGAAAAUUAACAUUAGCUAUUGAUAAUAGCAAACUUGGUGACUCAAUUAGAAAAGUGGAUUCACAUAGCAGAGUGAUAAUUUGACAGUUGAUACUACAGGAUACUAAGUGUCUGAAAGUAGUCAUUACAAUCAGAAUGUUAAUUAGUUAAAUAUUAAACCACUAAAGUGGUUACUCCAUAAGUAACCAUAACCUUAGCAAAGGUUGUUCCAUAAGUAUUAAGGAAGUAAUUGUCAUUGAUUGAGUGCAGUCGGAUGGUAAAGGCUUUAUGUGUGCUGUCUUUAAUGUUGAAGUCAAACUGCCCAGUGCAGACAUUUCGAUUUCAGUUUAGUGUUAACAAUUUUUUAUAAAAAAUCAGUAGCAUUGGCAAUUGGGCAUGUGAACUAUGGCUUUCAAAACUGAAGCUCUGAUUCAGAAAGGGCUCUUUUAAUAUUUUUUCAGUUUUCUAUGGCAAGACAUGCAAUGAUUACAUCUUUGUUUCUGGCAUCUCUUUUCACGGUUAGAUGGUGCAAAGGUGUUUGUUUGAUUUGUUAUCUUGGUUACACAGCAUGUGGUCAUAGGAAGAUGAGUAGGCCAUUCAGCCUGACGAGCCUGCUAUACCAUUUAUUGUGAUCAUGGCUGAUUGAGUGUUCUAUGGCAAUAAUAUAUUGCCUGAGAUAAGGAGAUUAAAACUUGCAGUUUGUCAGGUGUACUUGAAUCAAUUUCCCAUAUGAUUGAAGCAAUUUUUUACUUCCAUACUUGAAUCCGUUUGAAUCCACUCCAUUCAUUUUCCUAAUAGCUUGUUGGACCUGUAAACUAUAAUAGAGCCUAGUAAUGAGAGGUAGAAACACUGAAUCAUUGCCAUUCUGCUCUUUGAAAUACAAUUAUGGUGGAAUAGAGGUUGCAAACUGAUAUUUUUUAAAAAAUUGUUAGAAUGUUGUGGAAUACUUCAGUGUGAGUUUCAAAUGAGUUCAGAUCAUACCUUACAAAGUGCAUAAGGGUAAUAGAACAGGAGUACACUGUUACGACUGUAGAGAAGGUGCAUAAACAGCAAGGACGUUAAAUUUGAAUUUUGAGAGGUCCAUUCAGAAGUGGGGGAGAAGUUGUUCUUGAAUCUAUUGGUGCGUGUGUUUAAGCUUUUGUACCUUCUGCCUGAUGGAAGAGAUUGGAAGAGAUUAUAACUGGGGUGGGAGUGGUCUUUGAUUAUGUCGGCUGCCUUUCUGACUUAGCAAGAAGUAUGGAUGGAGUCAAUGGAUGUAAGGUUGGCUUGCAUGAUGGAUUGAGCUGUGUGAAGACCAGUUAAGAUCUCAUUUGGUAAAAAUGCAUCAUCUUACACUGUCAGUAACUUUAUUAUUCAUCCCCUGAGCUUCCAAAUUUAGCUUCUGUAUGGUUUCUGAGUCUACUGCUUUUGUACCUUUUAUAUAUUAUACUAAGCUCUCUGAACACACUCUGCAUUUUGAAAUAUCUUUUCUAGCUGUGUGCAUUUGAUUUUUAAAUCACUGACUUUUAUAAUGAUCCUGUAAGUAUCUUCUUUAAAUUUCAAAAUUCAGAUCUUAGAUGCAGGAAUUCAUGCCUCACUCUACUGUAUUACCAUUGAUGCUUUAUUGUUGCCAUAGUGUCUGUUUCAAAAUUGAUCUGUGAUUCAGCCGUAUCCACAAAUAUUAUGUCACUGGAACAUGACUUAUCUAUUCUACAGUUUUAACUUUAUAGUUUAACAAUCUAUUUCCUUGUUUACGGCUCUGCAUUGUUGGGUAUGUUAAAUGAGAUGAAUAAGUCUCCCAGAUAUCUUUCUAUUUCAUUUUUCAUUAUUUCAUUGUAUUCAAUGAAAAAUAAAUGCAGAACAAGAUUUGGCCCAUUGAGUCUGCCCUACCAUUCAAUAAAUCAUGACUAACUGAACACUUAAAUGCCUUCACUCUAUCCCUGUAAUCCUGUAUGCCACUCGUAAUCAGGAAUUAUCAUUCUCUAAACAUACUUAAAGACUGAGCUUCUACAUCCCUCUAACACAAAGAAGUUACCACCUUCUGAGUAAAAGGAAAUAUCUUCAUCUUGAAUCUAAGUAGUACCUUCCUUAAUUUUACAUUGUGCUCCUGGCUGUAGAUUCCCUUGGCUGUAUUUUUUAGCUUUCAAUGAGGCCAACUCAUUCUUUGAAAUGUGACACAAUACAGGCCCAGUUUGACCAAUCUCUGACAGACCUGCCAUCCUGGGAAUACGUCCUGGUCAACUUUAGCUACACUCCGUCAAAUGCAAUAAUUUUCUUGAAAUAAGGAUAACAAAAUUGCGCACACUGCUUCAGGUGUGUCCUAACCACCGCCUGCAUGACUGAUGACGUAAUGCAUUGGUACUUGUCAAAUGAAACUCCCUGUGGACAGGGGUGUGGGUGUUCUUUGUCUUAAAAGUCCUGAAAUGUUACUGAGCACUGUCAUUGUUAGCGACCCAGAGAAGCAAGCAGUGAGCUUGAAUUACCAGCUACCUGCCCCCGAGUUUCAUCUUCAGAAUUAUUGCUGUCUAGUUUCUCUUUGGGAGAAUAGGAAAUUGCAUAUCAGUGAGGUGGGAUUAGACACUGAUGGCAUGCAAAUACAUGCAGAUAUGCAGCAAGCUGCUCAUUAGGAAGAAUCUCAUCUGGCCAUUCAAAGCAUGGUUGUAUAAUUGGAUGUGAUUCAGGGACUGGGAAAAUCCCAUAUUGUCUUUGAUCUCCAUUCCCAAGCUGUCUCCUCUAAUCAUUGAAUUCAUCCUUCUCCUUGGUGAGUGUCUGAAACUAAACCAAACUCCUCUCAACAUUGCAAUCAUACUCUAUCCCGAGAUGAGCUUAAAACUGUAUGUUUGCCUCGUUAACCCAGUGAAUUCUUGCUACAAAACAUCGCCUAACAUCAUUCAUUCCCUAACACAUCAGCUGCUGAACCCGAAUUCAAUUUUCCUGUUAUCUCUAGGCUUGAUUAUUCUAACCUUGUUUGUGUUGGCCUCCCACAUUUUGUCCCCUGUAAACCUGAGAUCACCUCAAUCUCAGAUCUUGGAUUUACAUCAACCCUGUGACUUACAUUUCUUUGUAGCUCAGUGCCUAAAUCUACUUUAUAAUGCUACUGUGAACCUUGAGAUGUCUAUUAUAUUGAUGUUACUGUAUAAAUAUAAACUGUUUACUACAGAGUAAAUUGCCCAAGGAAAAUAUUAUGACUAAAUAAACUUGUAUAUUCACUGUUAAACUAUUCACAUUGGUAUUCUAUGUGAGCAUCAGUAUUGUUGGAUUGGUAAUAUCUCUUUUCAAAUAAAACAAAAUAUAUGCUUAUUAUAUAAGAACAAAGUGAAGAAAAAAAAGCAGGUUUAUGCAAUUGGCCUAAUUGGGUCUAUUCUGCUGUUGAUUAAGAUAAUUGUUAACUACCCACCUGAGUUCCACAUUUCCACACUAUCCCCAUAGUCCAUUGAUUCCUGGUGUAUCUGAAACCUUUAUUUUUGAGUGGAGACAUUUAUCUCUAAAUGGACUGCCACAUAAUAUAACAUUGUGAACUCUAGGUCUAGUACUAGCCUUUUAAAAUUUGUAUCCAAGUGUGUAAAUGAAAGGGUUAACUUUGCAGUCUAUAAUAAAUUAUG